GACUGCGGUCACACUGAGAACUAAGAGGAAAAUGGAAAACACAAGUUAAAACGUGAAUAAUUUUGGGCGAAUUUUUGUGGUAUCAAUCUGGUGAAUAGGGACAGGCGACAGCGACAGGAUGCCAGGCAAGGUGGGGGUGAAGAUCAAGGCGGCGCGCAACCUGCCGGUGAUGGACAAGAGCAGCGAGACGACGGACGCGUUCGUGGAAAUUAAACUGGCUUCCGUGACCCACAAGACGGAUGUGUUCCGCAAGAGCUUGAAUCCCACUUGGAACACCGAUUGGUUUCGUUUCGAGGUGGACGAUGCAGAGCUGCAGGACGAGCCGCUGCAAAUCCGACUGAUGGACUAUGAUACCUACUCGGCCAACGAUGCCAUCGGCAAGGUGAACAUCAGCUUGAAUCCCCUGUGCCUGGAGAGCUCUAGUCAGGCGGUGCACGGCAAGGGCACCGUGCUGUCCGGCUGGAUUCCUGUUUUCGACACCAUGCACGGCAUUCGCGGCGAAAUCAAUGUUAUCGUCAAGGUGGAUCUUUUCUCGGACGUCAACAAAUUCCGACAGAGCUCCUGUGGCAUCCCCUUCUUCCACUCCCAGUGCGUGCCGUUUGGCUACCGCGCCCAGGUGAUUCAUGGCUUUGUCGAAGAGCUAGUUGUCAAUGAUGAUCCGGAGUACCAGUGGAUUGACAAGAUACGGACGCCCCGUGCUUCGAACGAAGCCCGACAGGUGGUCUUUCUCAAGUUGUCCGGCCAGGUGCAGCGUAAAAUGGGUCUGAAAGCCAUAAACAUGGGCGCCAAUGCCGUGAUUGGCUAUACCCAGUGCUUCGAUUUGGAAGGUGAUGUGGGUGUGGUUGCCCGCGGAGUGGGCACAGCUGUUACGCUGAUCAAAGACACCAGCAGCAGUCAGCCGAAUAGCGCGGAUGUGGCCCUGAUCGAAGAAUCCAGCACUGACCUCCAACAGCAGCCAGGUUUAGUGAGUGGACCAGCGGGCGCAACAGGACCAUCAAGUAUACCGACAACAGUGGAGAGCAGUAGUCCCAGCUUAAAACGCUUCGCCUCUCCGGUGGGCAGCAAUCGCCUGAAGCUGACGCCGAGUCCCUCAAAGAGUGGCAUCUCGGCCACCACGAAUGCGGACAGUGCAUCCACUUCGACCACAUCGACAGCCACCACAAUGGUGCCGACCACAGUUGGCGAGAUCUGUCGCCGCUCCUCUGACUCCGACCUGAGUGUCACGCCCAAAGGAAACUCAAUUUGUGUGGCCAGUGAGCGUUUAGUGGCCGCCACGGCAAUGAUGCGUCUAACGCAGCCAACGGUUGGAGCUAAGCCUGGCACAGCAACUGACAGCCUAGACAUGUUGGAGUAUCCUUUUCUGACCAUGACCAAGUAUCCAACAGGCUUCAUCCUCCAUCUGGGGGCCACUGUUGCAGCACGUUCUGUGAAGCUGCUAGAACGAGUGCCCAAUCCGGAUGAGCCGGAGGUACGUGACAGCUGGUGGACAGAACUGCGAAUGGAGAUCCGAUCUCACGCGCGUUCCCUAGGCUGUAAUGUAGUGCUGGGCUAUGCGGAGACCACAACCAUAUCCGACGACGUUUGUGUAUUAUCUGCCACUGGAACAGCUGCAGUGAUCAAUAUGGUCUUUAAUAGAUCUGUGUCACAGACCGAUAUCUUUACCAUGUCCAAGGCUACUGCUAGCGGAGCGGGUAUGUCGAAUUCCCUGGAGGAGCGCGAAGCCAAUGGCAGCAGUACCGGAGAAGCGGGCACUGGAAAAGACAGUGGUUCCCUCGGUACAGGGACCAGUUCGACGGGUAAACGUUAUGGACUUCCACCACUUAAUGGACCACGCAAUGCCUGUGCCAUGUGCCACAUACCCUACAACCUAAGCUCCGUGCCCUUCAAUGUGAAGAUGAAGAAGUGCGCCGUUUGCCGCAAGGGACGGGUCCCGGACGUACUCCUGGCCACGCUAGAGGUCCCAGAAUUUAUGCAGGUUACUGGACGUGGCUGCUUUAUGCAGGCUCAGGUGGUGCGUGCCAAGAGAGAUCUGCGAGCGGAGUUAAAUGCCAAAGAGAUAUCCGAUGGUCUUCCCUUCCUGGAGUAUGAACUACAUCGCGUGCUCAUUAACAAACUGAAGGCGAAGGGCAUGAAUGCCAUCUUUGGACUUCGCACACAGGUGGCUAUUGGGGAGCGCAUGAUAGCGCUUAUAGCCACGGGAACGGCCUUAUUCCUUAGUGCCCUGCCAGUGCCGCAGGUACCAAAGAUCGUGGCCGGAAACUCGUGGACCGACAAACAAAAGCUGAAUGAGUUGCAGAAGAAGCUGCAGGAAACGUUCGAGCGCAACCAGGAGAUCUAUCAGUUAAAGAGCUUGGACCCUGACUUGGCAGCCAAUGCGGGAGGAGCGGCCUCUGCCGCCUCCUCGGCGGAUAAACAAUCCGAUACUGAUGACUCGGACGAGGAGGAAAUGAACGAGAUUGAUCUGAAUUGCGGCAACAAAGAGCUUUGUGUCCUGGAAGUCGAUGAUAUCGAGGACUUGGAGAUUAUUUCGCUGCUGAUGGAACCGUAUCCGCCGGAGGGCUUCCAUGUGGUAAACACACAACAGGUGCCGGGCAUGCUGGAAAUGGAUACCGUCAAAAAUCUUCAAAUGUUCACCCAAGUGUGGCGUGCACGUCUUGAGGUGGGGCAGAGUGUCAACGGUUUUCCCAAGCACUUUCAGAGACUCCUGCAGACAAUUUACUUUAAGCUGCGCACCAUGAUACCUUGUGCUAUCUGCGAUCUUCGCUUCCGAUUGGAUCUGCCUGAGACGGAUCAAAUCCAACUGCUAGUCACUGGCAUGGCCAUGGGUCUGAGUGAUGCCAGUAAAAUGAAGUACCGCGGACGUGGCCGCGUGAUGCAGCAACAGCAGCAGCAGCAGCCACAACAGCAGCAACAGCAAAACGGAUUUCAUGAGUCCCAGUCCCAGUCUCAGCCUGAACUAAAUGGAAAACGUAUGCUGCAGGAGGAAGAUUACAUUUUCCCACUGGAUGAGGAUCAAAUGGUAGACACACCCACACCGACUAGCACCGCCAUACCUCCGUUUGGAAUGAGUUCGUUUAAAAUGCGCAAAACCUCUCCAUCGCGACUCAGCAACCUGGUGCCGGGUGUGCCAUCUACAGGAGUUAAGCCGCUGAGUGUGGGAGCGGUUCCGCGUAAUCGCUAUUUUCCACUGCGCGAUCGUUAUGGUGUGGAUUUGACUCCACUUAGCUUUAUUCCUGGCGGACGAAUAGAUAAAUAUCUGGGCAAUCUGAACUUUUUCUUUAUCCGAGAAAGCACUUCGAUCCGAGAGAAUGGUGGUAUUAGCGGCUUUGUCCAUGGCUUUAUAACAGAACUGUUGGCGGUGGUGAGGGCACAUAUAGCUUCCCUGGGCGGCAAUGCCAUGGUCUCAUUCUACAUCACAGAACUUAUGCUGUUCGAUAAUCAGCACAAGAACCAGGGUCAAUGCCUGAUUAGCCUCGGUGGAGAUGCUGUCUAUGUGAGCUACCAUGCCGAUGACUGAUACAAAAGCUUGCGGGGCAUAUAGCGCCUGUUUUACGCGAAUCGUCCCAAAAGUCUAUACUCUCUAUAUUCUUCCGCUUAGCUAGCGUGCUGUCAGCUCUGCCCAGCAACUGCAGUAAAUCUGAGUCACGUUUACUUAACUUUACCGUCUCUCUAGUUCGAUUCUUUAUGCAAUAUUUGACCUGUGACGAAACGUUCUUUUCUUCGGUCUUGUUAUUUGUUUGCUUGAUGUUUUUAGCGUUAAACCAAUUGCAAUUUCUGUACAUAGUUGAUGUUUAUUGAAUAUUGAAUUUAGAUCGAGUGCGAAACACACCCACAACAAGUAUACUAACGAUAUAUACAAUUGCUGUAAUCACAAACAUGACACACACAUAUACUCGUACUCCUAGAUAUCAAAUUUUGCGUGUAAAAUACAAUAUUUAAAAAUAAAACAAUUGCUCAA